AUGGUCGCGCCCGCCACAGUCUCAACCCCGCAGCGUCAGGCAUCCGCCAACCACCAGUAUGGCACGCGCAUCCGCUCCAACUCGAUCAUCAAGCCCUCCAUCCGUCUGCGCCACUCGGCUGCCUCUGCUGCAUCCACUCCGAGGCGCAUCAAGCCCGCGCCGACGCCCAAGUCUAAGAACGGACCCAUAACUUUCGGCGUGCCACAGCCGGACUACCCACCUUUCCCACCGGACCAUGUUAUGUUACAUCACGACGACGCAGACAGCAAGGUCUUCAUGGCCAUAGGACGUUCCUUCAUGUCCGUCGAUAAUCGCGCUAUGACCAUCAAAGACCUCGCAGAAAUGACUAUGCAAUACGGUAUAAUGUGCCAAAACGUGUCCGCAGCGGGCCAGGCUAUCACCACCUAUAUCCGGAACCACCUUCAACGCUGCGAAGUGCAACAGGACCACCCAUUACUUCUCCGACACGUUCUCUCUGGUACAGCAUCCGAUGAUGAUCUCCUCCCAGCCUUGCACUCUCGCAUGGGUGGCGCACAUUGUGCGCUCAAUCCGUCAGAGAGCAGAAUCACCAACUUUAGGCGCGGAACCAUGGUUUGGUACCUGAGCAGGGCCGCCGGUGCGCCAUGCCCGUUCGCUAGGUGCGGGAUCCGCCUGUGCGAGUACACAGAGAACGGGAAGGUCGGCGACGUUCCCACUUACGGCCGCGAGAAGAAACGCGAGAGAGAUCGUCUCCGCCGUGCAGAGCACUGUGGCCAGAAGCGGAAGCGCUUGUUACGCAGCGCGUAUGCUGAUAAAGGAUCAGACUCGGACUCAAUGAGCGAAGAAGAGAAGCGUCCCCCCAAGGUGAAACUCACGUUGCGUCUUCGACCUCUCAACGCGUCUAGCUCUGGGGCCUCGCUGUCGGCAUCCCCCGCGCCGCAAGAUGAAGUGCAUGUGUGUCAAUCGCAGCCGCACUCGCCCCCGGAGAUCAUCGACCUUUCCAAGGACGACUCUGAUUGUGAGUCGUCGGGCUCCGAGGAGGACUCAGACGACGAUGACUCCAUGUCAGUGGACUCUUCAUUGUCCUCUGACGCCGACGAAGACGUGCCACCUGCAUCUGCAUUUGGCGGCGAUUCGCUAUCGCCUUCUACUUAUGGCGCACACUCAACUUUCUCCUCAGCGUCUCCUGAUGUUUAUCGACGCUCGACUUCUGCAUCGCCUCCCCCAGAUACUGAGGACGAAGAGGACGACUAUCACCACAGCAUGACGAACUCCCGUCGGUACUCGCUGGAUCGUUACUCAUCAUGGGACGACGAGGACGAGGACGAGAUGAACCUCGAUGACAAUUUCUGGGACAUGGACAACGACGCGGAGACGCAGUGGGAGAGCCCUGGACCGCGAUCACCUUCUGCUCAAUUCGAGGAUGUCAUCUUUGUCAAGCAAGAGCCGAGCGACGUCGGUGGUAUGCUCGAUGCAUGGGAUGACCUCGACGCCAGGGGCGACCCCAAGGUUGUCGACGUCGUACUCCGAGCAGCAGCCGGCCUCGACACGGACUUCGUUAAGCCGAAGCUCGAGGAGAUAGACUCCUGGGAGCUACCGCACUUCGCCGGCACCAGCUCGGAUAGCUUCGUUACGAACCCGAUAGACGACGCCACCAGCCAUAUCAAAGAGGAAGAGGUCGAGAGCGGCGUCCCGUUCCUGACCCGUGGAUUGCAUACCCCUUCCCCUGAACGUGCCUCACUGUCUCCGUCACCUAUUUCGCCCAUCUCACCAUCGGCUCUUCCGCCGUCGUUCGUCGCGGAGCGCCGCGAUAGUCACCUCAUCUGGCGGGAUGCAGAGCUCCUUGGUCCGGACAGUCUCAAGCCGCAUGACCUUGCUGAGGGCGAUUGGCGAGAGGGCCGUAGGAGCAGCGAUAUACCGUCCCCUGCGGCCGAACAGCCUCAGCCAUCGAGUGUGGCUUCUACGAGCGCGUCGGGCGGUGACGCUCUACAGGGUCAGCAGGCACGCGUGGGGCCGCCGCCACCGCGUUUGGACUUGGCUUCGUCUGGGACGCGGGAACAAGGUUAUCUUGUCCCGGAUCUGUCUUCCCCGUCCCUGCUCUCGUCUUUGACUUCGCUGACGAUCCACACUCCCACGUCCCCCGAGGCGCUCAAGGGUACGUCCCCGACGUCCCCUCCGCCUCACGGUCCUGGGCUCGCUGCGCAGCACGCCUCGUUGCGGCCUGCUCAGGAUGAGGAGCCUCAAAUCAUUCAAACAAGCCAACCCUGCGAUCCGCCCAUCGCUGCUACGCAGCUGGAAGGCGUUAGUGUAUAUCAGAUGACACUUCAGUCAUCUCUAAUCCUCCGGAGGCUCGACACCGGCUUUGUCUUGGUCGAUCCUCUCCUGAAAGAGCUUGGGCUCCCAUCGUCGUCCUCGCCGUUCCCCAAUGCGAUCUGUAUAGCCAAAGGCUCUGCACAGGUGUGCGGUACAUGGCUUCCGCUGACCGCAGCGCGCGACCUGUGCAAGGAUCAUCCCGUGGUGGCACUCUUCCUCUCUGAUCAACUGCCAGAUCGCUUCCCCGCCACUCUCCAGGAGCUUACCCGACAUGCGCACCCGUUCAGCAGAUGGCCGGGCUCGUUCGGACAGCAUUUCAAGUCGACCAUCGAGGCGAAGCGCCAGUCGCUCUCGUCACACCGUCUCGUCUUCCCGGCUGAGGAUCAGGACAUGUCGCAGUGGGCGAGCGAGGAGAACUUCCUCUCCAUGCAAUCUGCCCUCGCGCUCUCACAUGCGAUACUCCCGACACUCACCACGUCCCCAGAAGAGCACAUGGCCCCUGAGCUGCCGCUCAGUCCGGCCGAGGAGAAGAUGUUCAGAGAGCUGUGCUCUGAUCCAGAGUGGGAAGCAUCCACGCCCCCCUCGGAGAGUGCCGCUCUGGAGCGCUCGGAGGCGGCGGUCGAGGCUCCUCCUGCCGAGGCGUCUGCGACCGCGAAGGGGAAGGAACCACCGUGCCAGGACCGACCUCUGCGUCGGUCGAAGCGUGUCGCGGAUGCCAUUGCCAUGGCGAACCGAUCGAGGACCCGCUCGAGCAAGAGGGGUUCGCGGAGCUCGCUCUCGUGA